CAUAAGCACGUUUAACUUGAGCGGCAUAUACAAGGUCGUGGGGCCUCCCACAGACAACAGAAUUUCCAUGCAGAUACACCUUAAGAACGUACAAACAUACGCCAACAUACUUUUGCUACUGUCUAAAAUGACGAAAAUAACCGCUAACCCAAACAUGAUCACAGUCGGUAGAUCGAAGAGACCAAACCUGGUUUGGAAGAUCACAGUGUUCAGGCAGAGACCCGGGAAUGUUCUAGAGAGGCAAUACUCCGUGUGCACUACUCGGAAGCUCCUGAAUCCUUAUAUAGAAGAGCACCUGAAAAAAAAGGUGGAAAACAUACACAAUUACUCGAUCACACCCUCCUACUUUGAUGUCAAGAAUCUGCUUUUAGACUCUAAAAUAAGCGUCGACUACAAACCCGGCCAGGCACUUCUGGAGAUUAAGAUCUACGUCACGAAUGGCGAGGACCAAUUCACGAGUAAUGCAGUGGAAGAGCAGAGCACGGGCAUUGGCUCCAACUUUUCGCACAGCAUCUUGUUUUUGGGUCGAAAACUCGUCGAGCAGAGCAGGCUUUAUGUGGGCUAA